AUGGUUUCUGACUCAAUGAAAUGUGAGUUGUCAAGCUUGGUUAUCUUCGCAGACAGAUCUGACUACGAUGCCAAUGAAGCUUCGUUUCAAUUUUUUUUCUAUCCCCAGAAAAGUGCUGAAUUAUCAACCGAUCCCAGCAAAUCGCGUCGUCUUGGUCGUAUUGUUAAGCAGUACGAAGAGGCCCUUCAAGCACACCAGAAAGGCCAACUAUUUCCUUACGCCGAGCUCCCGCCUCCUCCCGGUUUUCCACCUUUCUCUGUUCAGGUUUGUCGGCCAUACCAUGACUAG